AAAGAGAAGGCACAGGAAUAAAAACCAUGCCAGCUGAAGCUAAAGCAGAGGAGAACGAGGUGACAGAGCUCACGGGGCUCUUUGCGGAGAAGCCGGCAGAUCAUGUGACGGCUGUUUCAGGCACGGAUGUGACACUCAUUGCAAAGGUGGACUCCAGCACCCUGACAAGGAAGCCCACCAUGAAAUGGUUGAAGGGAAAAUGGCUGGACCUCGGCAGCAAGGCCGGGAAGCACAUGCAGUUCAAAGAAAGCUACGACAGGAACACAAAGAUCUACACGUACGAAAUGAACAUCAUCAAAGUGGUCCCCGGCGACGCGGGCGGCUACAGGUGCGAGGUGACGGCCAAAGACAAAUGUGACAGCUCCACCUUCGAGAUCUCCGUGGAGGCCUCCCAGCAAGAGGAGAAGACGGACAUUUUGUCUGCGUUCAAGAGAGCGGACGCGGGAGAGGAUGAUGGCGAUCUGGACUUUAGCGCUCUUCUCAAAGCAGCUAAAAAGAAGAGGCCUGAAAAGGAGGAGGAGGAGAUAGACGUGUGGGAAUUGCUGAAGAGCGCCCAUCCGAGCGAGUAUGAGAAAAUCGCGUUCAAAUACGGCAUCACCGACCUGAGGGGCAUGUUGAAGCGUCUGAAAAAGAUGAAGAAGGUGGAGCCCAAGCAUAGCGAGGCUUUCCUGAAGAGGCUGGAGUCUUGCUACACCGUGGACAAGGGCAAGAGAAUCGUCCUCAAGUGUGAGGUGAUCGAUCCCAACGUCCAGGUCAAAUGGUUGAAGAAUGGCCAAGAGAUCAAACCCUCUGCCAAGUACUUGAUGGAGACAAACGGAAACAUCAGAACGCUCACCAUCAACAAGACCAGCCUGGCCGACGACGCCGCGUACGAGUGUGUGGUUGGCGAUGACAAGUGUUUUACCGAGGUGUUCGUCAAAGAGCCUCCUGUGACUAUCACCAAGCUUAUGGAUGACUACCAUGUGGUGGUGGGAGAGAGAGUGGAGUUUGAGGUUGAGGUGUCGGAGGAGGGCGCCCAUGUGAUGUGGUUCUUUGAGGAUCAAGAAAUCCUCAAAGAUAGCGAUUCUGCUAAGUUCCGUUUCAAGAAAGACGGAAGGAAGCACACGCUCAUCAUCCUGGAAGCCACGCUUAAUGACAUCGGCAUGUACCACGCUUGGACCAACGGCGGUCAUACCAAGGGAGAGCUGGAGGUGGAAGAAAAGGAACUGGAGGUGCUGCAGGACAUCGCUGAUCUGACAGUGAAGGCAACCGACCAGGCUGUGUUCAAGUGCGAGGUGUCUGACGAUAAGGUCACAGGGAAGUGGUUUAAAGAUGGCGUGGAGGUGAUGCCAAGCGAGCGCAUCAAAAUGACUCAUAUCGGAAGGUUUCAUCGUCUGGUCAUUGACGACGUAAAGCCGGGAGAUGCUGGAGACUACACAUUUGUUCCUGAUGGAUACGCUCUGUCACUUUCCGCCAAACUCAACUUCCUGGAAAUCAAGAUCGACUACGUGCCCCGACAAGAUCCACCAAAGAUCCACCUGGACACCACCGGGAACAUGGUGUCCCAAAACACCAUUAUUCUGGUGGCUGGCAACAAGCUGCGUCUGGAUGUGGAGAUCACAGGAGAACCGGCACCCACCGUGGUCUGGUCCAAAGGAGAAGUGCCAAUCACAGAGAGCAGCGGGCGCGUGAGGGUGGAGAGCAGGAAAGACCUGAGUUGCUUCGUCAUAGAGGGCGCCGAACGGGAGGAUGAGGGCAACUACACCAUCGUCGUGACCAACCCCGCUGGAGAAGACAAGGCCAAGUUGUUUGUGAAAAUCGUCGAUGUGCCCGACCCUCCUGAGCAUGUCAAGUGCACAUCGGUGGGAGAAGACUGUGCCUCCAUCAUCUGGGAGGCUCCUAAGUUUGAUGGUGGUGCACCAAUCAAGGGUUACCUCAUGGAGAGAAAGAAGAAAGGUUCCUCCAGGUGGACAAAGCUUAACUUCGACGUGUACGAAUCAACCACGUACGAGGCCAAGAGAAUGAUUGAAGGUGUUCUCUACGAGAUGAGAGUGUUCGCCGUCAACAGCAUCGGCUUGUCCCCGCCAAGUCCCACCUCCAAGCCCUUCAUGCCUAUCGCCCCGACAAGUGAGCCGACACGCCUGAUAGUGCACGACGUGACGGACACCACGUGCCACCUGAAGUGGUUCGCGCCGGAUAGGAUAGGAGCCGGCGGCCUGGACGGCUACGUGAUCGAAUACUGCAAAGAAGGAGACACGGAGUGGGUGGUGGCCAAUACUGACUUGUGCGAAAAGCAGAGCUAUGUGGUGCGCGGACUUCCUGUUGGGGAGAAGAUCAACUUCCGGGUGGUGGCGGUGAACAUUGCAGGGCGCAGUCCUCCGGCUGUCAUGGCGGCGCCUGUCACUGUCCGUGAGAUCACGGAGCAUCCUAAAAUCCGCCUGCCACGUGAGCUGAGGACAAAGUACAUCAGGAGAGUGGGAGAGAAGAUCAACCUGACCAUCCCCUUCCAGGGUAAACCACGUCCCGUUGCAACCUGGUUCAAGGACGGCCAACCCAUUGACCCUAAAACGGUCAAUGUCCGCAACUCCAACGUGGACAGCAUCCUCUUCAUCCGCUCGGCAGAACGCGAGCACUCCGGAACGUUCGAGCUGCUUCUGAAGAUAGAGAACAUGGAGGACAGGGCCAGUUUCCAGCUCAGAGUCGUUGAAAAGCCGGGACCUCCUUUGAAUUUGAGGGUGACGGACGUGUGGGGCUUUAACGCCGCGCUGGAGUGGGCACCCCCCACCGACGACGGCAACUGUGAGGUCACCGGCUACACCAUCCAGAAGGCCGACAUGAAGACAAAGGAGUGGUUCACCAUUUACGAACACAACCGACAGACGCACUGCACGGCCUCCGACCUCAUCAUGGGCAACGAGUACAUGUUCCGCGUCUACAGCGAGAACCUGUGCGGCCUGAGCGAGGAGCCUCGGCACAGCAAGAACACGGCCGUCAUCGCCAAGACAGGUCUGGAGUUGAAAGCGUCCCCAUACCAGGAGAAAGACAUGUCCUGUGUGCCCAAGUUCACUCAGCCCCUGGUGGACAGAAGUGCGGUGGCAGGGUACACCACCGCCAUCAGCUGUGCUGUCAGAGGCUUCCCUAAGCCCAAGAUCGUGUGGAUGAAAAACAAGAUGAUCAUCGGCGAGGACCCCAAGUACUUGAUGCAGAACAACCAAGGGGUGCUGACCCUCAACAUUCGCAAGCCGAGCACCUUCGACGGUGGCAAGUACACCUGCGUGGCCGUCAACGAGCUGGGCAAGGACGAGGUGGAGUGCAAGGUGGACAUUAAAGUUGCCAUGGAUCCCAACCAGGACGACAAGUAAGAAAAGGAGAAACGUGAGCCAAACUCUGAACGUCAGACAUUGUGAGAAGUGAAACAAAUAAAAGAAGUCC